UUACCUGACGCUGUAAUCGUCUCUACGCUCGGCAGGGACUCUGGCCCAGACAGACUCGGGGUUUUCGAGUGUUCUGAGACCGGCGUUGCGGAGGAAGAGCCUGAGCUUUGAGCUGUAUUUGUGUUCCCGUUGUGCCCGCCGAAGAGACUCUUCCACCCACUUUUGCUCCCCAGGCUACUUUUCUUUUUGCCCUUCUUGUUCUUUUUCGACUUUCGGUCGCCGUCCAAGUGCUCGGCAGCGACGGUACCAGGGUCGACCAUUGGGCGGCCUGCUGGGCCUGACGGCGCUGAUGCUUCCUGAGGAGGGGGCAGGGAGGACGAUGAUGGAUGGGAGCGUUGCUGUGCCGAGUUGGACGAGGCAAAUGAAGGAGAGCUGGAAUGGCAGGGUGAUCCAGUGGGCGUGUGUGACAUUGUCUCAACCACAUCCGCGACAAGGUCUAAUUUCAGCUUGCUGCCUGACUUGCUCGCAUCUUGAGCUUCUUCGGCGCUGUCGACCUGGACUGGCACUAUUUUUCCGUCCUUCUUUGCAAGUUUCAGCUUUAAAGGCCGAAUAGGCUGAGGCGUAUCCGAGUCACCGAAAUCCCGGGGCUUCAGUCCAGGCUUGAUUGCACUCUCAGCUGGGAUCUUGAGGAAAUCAUCCAACGCGGUCAUGUCGGCUUGGGGCACACCUUUUUCGAGACCCUGAGACUGCUCUGCUGGCGUAGGAGGCAUUCUGGCAGGUGAAGCUUGUGCUUCUAAUUCCACAGGACCAGGUUCUUUCUCUGACUGUGUUUGGGACUCCUUCGAUGCUGAUGGUGCAGGGACAGACUCUUCCACAUCACCUGCAGAUUGAGUUGCCAUGCAAGUCUCCUCCGGUUUGGCGGCGUUCAUGUCAGUUGUGCUUUCUCGGUGGGCUUCUCCUUCUGGAGGGGAUUUUACUUUUUCGUCGUCCUUAUCCGGUAUAGACGUAGACUCUACAAACGAAAUUGCCGCAACGACCUCCUCUACCGGGAUUUUGGUCGGGCCAGCCUCUUCGGACAGUUGUGGAACGAGUUGUACAGAUGGCUCAGGUUCUCGUCCAGACUGUUCAGUUCCGUUUCCGGGCUUUUCAAACACUGGCUGCGUGGUACUUGAAGACUCCUCGCUGGACAAUGGCGGAGUCGAGCCGGCAAUCGGGCCGAGAUCAAUAACCAUCCCAGCCUCCGACAGAUAUGUCGGUUCUGUGGCGAUAUUUGCAGGCAUUUCCGGCCCUGGCUCACCCAGAUCGGACUGCUCCAAGUCUUUGGGUGUAUUGGAGGAGGAGGGGCGUAUCUCAUGUUCGUCGUCCGCAGGCAACUCCGUAGGCGGGGUAGCCAUAGACAUGACAGCCGGAUGGGAAGUAAAAGCUGGAUUCCGAAGAGAUGACCGUCGGGUUGCCGGUGAUGAGCCCACGAUCGAACCGUGGGCGGAACCUCGCAUGGCAGGAGGGGAGCUUCGAUUCGACUGUACAAUGGUGUUGUUGUCAGGUGUGAUCAUCCCUAUAAAGAGAGCUCCCUCAUGAGAUGUGAAGUAAUCUGCUUUUGUUCCGGAGCCUGGAGCGGAAGUAGUGACAUCCUGCACGGGUGUGCCUUUGGAUUGUGUAGAUUGAGG